GACGAGUGGCCUGAGCAGAAUGGAGGGCUGCUGCCGAACUUGAGGGUCCCUGACAUUUGCGUAAAGCACACAGCAGACGGCAAACUUGCAAUCCAGCAGCCAGCAGCCAACAGCCACAGUCAGCCGACCAGCAAUCGCACAUUCAGUUUGUAUAAAACUAGAAGUGAACCGGCCGACCGGUUCUAGUUGUUGGAGCACUACAGACAUGGCAGCAUUCACCUCACUCACGGUUGCGGUAGCAGCGCUGAUUUUGGCAGCAGGAGUUUCGUCACAGCAGUACUCGCAAAGCUCCAACUUCGUGGACGAUGGCAGCUACGAAUACCAGGAGGCUGCACCCCCCAGGCCUGCCCCCCGGCCUGCACCCCUCAGUAGGCCCCAGUCUGGCCCCCCUCCAGCCUCUUUCUCCAGGCCAAGCUCCUUCGCCGCUGCACCAAAACCCACUCCAGUUCCAAUUCUGAAGCAAAUUAACAGGCACAACGAGGACGGUUCAUACACGUACGGCUACGAGGGUGCCGACGGCAGCUUCAAGAUUGAGACAAAGCUGAACACCGGCGAAGUGAUGGGCAAAUACGGAUACGUAGACGACCUGGGCAAGGUGCGCGUCGUCGAGUACGGAGCGAACAAGUACGGAUUCCAGCCGGCCGGAGAGGGCAUCACCGUCGCACCCCCCACCCUCGUCGACGAGUCUACCCGCAAGGGACCCGAUGGUCAGCCCAUCCCUGAGGACGACGGACAGUACUACGAGGAGCAGUCUCCAGCUCCAAGACCGGCACCCCGUCCCCAGGCCCGCCCCGCACCACGCCCAGCACCCAGGCCUGCACCCAGACCAGCCCCACAGCCCCAAUACCAGGAAGCACCUCUGCAGUUCGCUCAGGACUCCUUCCAGUCGCAGCCCAGCUUCUCAGCACCCGCUCCACGACCAGCUCCUUCGUCUCAGGGACCAGUCCCUCCCCGCGCCUCCAUCCCCGGUGCCGCCCCCGUCUCAGCACCAUCCUUCAGCCAGCCUCGUCCCCAGCAGCCACCCCCACAGAGGCAGCCACAGUUCUUCAGCCCAGCUCCAGUCUACGAGUCAAGACCCGCACCACCCCCUCAGUUCAACGCCUCCCCGGCUCCACAACAGUUCUCCGCAUCACCCGCUCCUCCUCCAAGGCAGGCCUACGCCAGACAGGCAUCGGGAAGCAUCCUCGACCAGCUGCAGAGGGACUACGCUCUGCCCCAGGGUGCCGCUCCAGCCCUGCAUGACAUCACAUUCGGCUCAUACUAGAAUCUAAUUAGUACCACAAGUCAAUAGAUAGGUUAUUUAUAAGCUCGAUUAGGUGAUGAAAGACAUUGUGUGGACGUGGAAGUCGUACGAAGAACAGAAUCCACCUUUCAAACAUUAUGUAUAGUUUUGUGAUAAAUCGAUUCAUUUAUUAUCGAGUCAAUAUUUCCUCAAAUUAUUAAAUGAUAGCACUAUUAAAAUCAAAAAAAGCUAUCAAGUUUCGAUCACAGAUUUGUUGUUUGGUUAGUAGAGGAGUUAUUUUGUAACAUAUAUUGGAUUAUACUUUCUAAGUUUGACAAUUUCAUAUUGAAUUGAUGUAAAUUGAAAUUUAUAUUGAUGACUUAUCACUCUUGAUGACUGUGAUUCCAUAGAGAGGAAAAAUCCUACUGAAAAAAAAUGGAUGCCUGCCAAAGAGAGUGAUUAUAUAAAAUUGCAUUUUAGUCCAUGCUCAUUUUUUUGCGAGUGUAUUGAAGUUUAUGUUCAUCCAUUGGAUUGAUAGAGCUACGAAUUUUGUUGAAAAUUUUGUUUGAAAUUGUGAAUAAAAUGAGAAACUCAAUUAAAACUUUAAUUUCUAAGAUGAAACAGUGAAUAAAAAAGACAAAAGAGAUUUCUUCAAGAGAAAACACAAUUUUAUCCAA